AUGGGAAAUUGCUGUGGAUAAUCUACAAUAUUGGAGUGUCACUAAUUAUAAAUAGUUACUAAAGAUUAAAUGGAAGCAGAAUAAGCAAACAAAGCUGCAAUCAAAAUUUAAAGUAAUGUUAAUUAAUUAUUGUCUUAAGGUUUUGUUCGAGGAUAUUUGAUUAGAAAAAAACAUAAGAAUCAUAAAUAUAGUAGUGUUGCAAUAACAGCUACAUAUGAAUAUACCUAAUCAAACAAAUAAAGCAGAUAAGAAAUUUAAUUAGGUGAUCUAAAAAAGUUAAACUCUAUUUCAAAAGAAACAAACAUACUAUAAAAUGUAAAAUCAAUAGAGAAGAUACCAGAAAGUCUUGAUAAUUUAACAAAAUCAGUAUAGUUAUUCUUUAAAUUUGAUUUCUUUUUUAGUUAAGAAAAGGCCUACCCGACUUUAUUUAUGAUGUUUACGAAUAGGAACCAGAUUUAAUAAUGAAAGGACCUAUGCAAGAUGAAUACGAUCAUAUUUAUAUAGGUUAAUGGAAGGAUAAGUAUAACCCUUGGCUAUUUUAGUGAAAAGUGGGGUAAAGGAAUAUAGUACUGGUCAGAUGGGUCAUAUUAUGAAGGUUAUUGGAAGAAUAAUAAAUAAAAUGGAAGGGGAAGAUUGAUACAUGUAGAAGGAGAUGUUUAUGAAGGAGAUUGGAAAGAUGAUAAAGCUCACGGUUAUGUAAUUAUUUCCAUUAUUUCUUUAGGGUAAGUUAACUACUUCAAAUGGUGGAUAUUAUAUAGGUGAAUGGUUUAAUGAUAAAUAAAAUGGUUAAGGAAAAGAACAUUGGCCAGAUGGAGCUAAUUUUGAAGGAAAUUAUGUUGACGGCAUCAAAUUUGGUUAAGGUGUUUAUACAGUUGCAAAUGGAUCUCAAUAUAUUGGAGAGUUUGCAGAUAAUUGUUUUAAUGGUUAUGGAAUAUAUAAAUCCUCUGAUGGCACUAAAUAUAUAGGAUAUUGGAAAUAAAAUAAAAUGCAUGGAUAGGGAGUAAUAUAUUUAAAUUUAAAUAAAGGAAUUCUAUUGGAAUGAUGGUGCUAAAUAUUUUGGAGAGUUUCUUAAUGAUUAAAGAGAUGGCUAUGGUACUUUUUAUUAUAGUGAUGGAAGAGUAAAUAUUCAUAAUAUUAUUUUUAGAUAUAUAAAGGAUAAUGGAAAAAUGGUAAAAGACAUGGAAAUGGUACAUAUAUAGGCAAAAAUAAAAUGGAAAAGUAAGGUAAAUGGUAAAAUGGUAACUUUGUUGUUUGGGAAAAGCAAUUAACAAACUCAUCUGUAGGUGAUGAUUCUUUAUUUCAUUGA